UAGGUAUGGACCAAGCUGAUUAUUGGUUUCGGAUGGAAAAUAGUAAAUCUUAUAGAAUUGAGAAAUCCGAGUAUAAUGACCUUGACAUUGAUAACAAUGUUAAAAUGUUAUUGAAUAACGAUCAAUAUCAUUUAGUUUGGAUUCCUUACAAAUUUGAAACGCGAUUUUUCGAUCAUAUACUUGACAAGAUGUAA